ACCAUGUGCUGAGAAGGGAGGGGGAGGGUUAGCGGCACAAUAUGCCAUCCCCGGGGAACGGGCGGGGUUGGGACCUCCCCGCUCGGGGGCGCUCUGCUGGAUGUAUUACUCUUCGGGGCGGGGCAGCUGGGUCCCCCCCCGGGAGCGGCAGCCCGUGUCUCCCCCCCCCCCCGAGAUGGUACAGCCCGGCUCUGGGGUCCCCGCCGAGGCGUGCGCCGCGCUGGGUCUGGCCCGUCAGCUCCGGCUCCGCGCUGCCGCCGAGGCGAUGCUGCUGCCCCCGCUGCGGAGAGCGCUGCUGGGCUGCCCUAGCGCCGGGCUGCGAUGGCAACACCGUAUAGCUGUAGAGGUGACCAACGAACCCGUUCUGGAGUUCAAGCAGGGCAGCCCGGAACGAGCGGCUCUUCAGAAGGCGCUAAACGAUCUGAAGGGCAAGACGGAGGCCAUCCCAUGCGUGGUGGGGGGAGAAGAGGUGUGGACAUCAGACGUCAGAUACCAGUUGUCGCCGUUCAAUCACUCGCACAAUGUGGCCAAGUUCUGCUAUGCGGACAAGGACUUGCUUAACAAAGCAAUCCAUGCCGCCGUGGCGGUGCGGAAGGAGUGGGACCUGAGACCCGUCCAGGACAGGGCACAGAUCUUCUUCAAGGCGGCUGACAUGCUGAGCGGCCCACGGCGAGCGGAAAUGCUGGCCAAGACCAUGCUUGGGCAGGGCAAAACCGUCAUCCAGGCGGAAAUCGACGCAGCUGCGGAGCUGAUAGAUUUCUUCCGAUUCAACGCCAAGUACGCGCUGGAGCUGGAGAACUCUCAGCCCGUCAGCGUCCCCAUCAGCACCAACAGCAUGGUCUACCGGGGGCUGGAGGGCUUUGUGGCAGCUGUUUCGCCCUUUAACUUCACUGCGAUUGGUGGGAACCUGGCAGGGGCUCCGGCUUUGAUGGGAAAUGUGGUCCUCUGGAAACCCAGCGAUGCCGCCAUGCUGUCCAACUUCACCGUGUACAAGAUUCUCCUUGAAGCUGGUCUCCCUCCAAACGUCAUUCAGUUUGUCCCGGCUGACGGAGCUGUUUUUGGAGACACGGUCACAAGCUCUGAGCAUUUCUGCGGGCUCAACUUCACGGGCAGCGUGCCAACCUUCAAGCACCUUUGGAAGCAGGUGUCAGAGAACCUGGAUCGGUACCGCACCUUCCCGCGCCUGGCAGGAGAGUGCGGCGGGAAGAACUUCCACUUCGUGCACAGCUCAGCCGAUGUGCCCAGCGUGGUGAACGGGACCCUGCGCUCGGCCUUUGAGUACAGCGGCCAGAAAUGCUCGGCCUGCUCCCGCCUCUACGCCCCCGACUCGCUGUGGCCCCAGAUCAAAGAGAAACUGUUGGAGGAGCAUGGGAACAUCAAAGUGGGAGACCCUGCCCAGGAUUUCGCCACGUUUUUCUCGGCUGUGAUCGAUGACAAGUCUUUUGCACGUAUUAAGAAGUGGAUCCAACACGCCAAGACGUCGCCCAACCUCAGCAUCCUGGCAGGGGGGACGUGCGAUGACACUGUUGGGUAUUUUGUUGAGCCAUGUAUCGUGGAGAGCAAAGACCCAAAGGACCCCAUCAUGGAAGAGGAAAUUUUUGGCCCAGUCCUGACUGUGUAUGUCUAUCCAGAAAAGCAGUACAAGGAAAUCCUACAGCUCAUAGACACCACAUCCCCCUACGGCCUCACAGGGGCAGUGUUCGCUCAGGAUAAGAACGUCAUCCAGGAAGCGAGGACACUUCUGAGGAAUGCAGCUGGCAACUUCUACAUUAAUGAUAAGUCAACUGGUGCAAUUGUGGCCCAGCAGCCAUUUGGGGGCGCCCGUGCCUCAGGAACCAACGACAAACCUGGCAGUCCCUCCUACCUCCUGCGCUGGACGUCUCCCCAGGCCAUCAAGGAGACCCACGUGCCCCUCGGAGACUGGAAGUACGCGUACAUGCAAUGAUCGCAGCCCUGUGCCUUCCAUGCUGGGAGAAUGGUCUCUUACUACUGACUCCAAAUACAGAGCGUAGUGGCUGAUCUCGUUUCCCAGCUGCGGCUCUAAUAGUAUUUAAAGCAUUUUGUUUUUGCAAACACAAUUUAACAGACUGUUACCCAGCAACAAGAGCAGCCCUUGUGAUUUCUCAAAGCUGAUGUAGAGGAUUAGUCUAAGGCAGGGUUCUCCUGUAGGCUGCAGUUUGUUCAUGGUCCUCUAGCAGGAGGAGGCUGCUCAUCAAAGAAACCAGGAACCUCAGAACUACUAGACUAGAACAGGAAUACAGCAGCAAGAACCACAGGCCUGAGAGGCAGUAGAGGAGAAACAAUCUGGAAAGAAUGAGAUAACUGGGAUUCAUGCUGAUCUGUGCUAAACAAAUCCACUAAGCUUGCCCUCCCAAAGUCCCAUAGAAUCAUAGAGGAACAUGCCCUUGGAGAUGUUCUUGUCCAUUUCUCUCACUACAUUGGUCUAUGCAUGAUUUUGGUUUUCCAUCUAGAUCUCAAGGACAGUGUGUCUCCUGCUGCAGGUAUGAAGCCAGUGCCCAGUCUGCCACUGGAGAAGGAACAAAUCAUGUUCUUUAAAGGGCUUGGCCAUACGAACAUUUAUUUCUCCACACGCUAUGGCAUACAUCUACCCUGCACGGCACUAAGUGUCUGUGUGGACCUUGCUGAAGCCUGUUAAAAAUUCCCUACCAUGCUUUAAUCCAAGAAGGGUAGAUCUAAGCACCCUAGGAAACUUUUAGUGUAUGGUAAAAUUACAUCCCAGCAUGCCAUCAGUUAAGUGUUUGUGUGGACAAGCUGUACAUUUUAUCAUCAAACACUGUAGGUGAUAAAAUGCCUUGCAUUCACACUUCUGCUGUAAAAUCCUUGCAGAGUUUAGAGGGGAGAUGCAUUUAGGGAAAGUAAUGCAUGAAAACAGCAAUUGAGUUGAAACUGGGCAGAACCCUUGUCUUCCAACUCUUGUCCAUCCUUUUUUAAAAGCUGCCUCUAACACCUAUAUCCCUCUCCACCAGAAUAGGGACAGAUUUUGCUUUCUCCCCCUGAACUGAGAUUCCUUUGAAAUAAUUAAAGCAAGAGCCGUAUGCCUUAUAUUGGAGCAGAUAAUGGCAUUAACAAGAUGGGCUCGCCACUGUUACUUUCAGAGCUGUAUUAUCUUCCAAACACUUGUUUUUAGUUUAGUGCAUGGGCCAUGUUACAAAUCAUGCUUGUUAAACUCAAUUUUUAAAUUGCUUGUUGGUUAAGAAUUUCUGUUCCAGGGAGUGGGGGGGAAACGUAUGUGAACUCUGGCUUGAAUUGAUCCAGAGAGCUACAUCAUUGGACUCUAGCUGUGCAUUUUCCCAGAGUUCCUUGCUGUUGAGAUCAGAGGCUGUGGUUUGGCUUAGGCUCUAGUUUGAAUCGCGUAGUGACUGUAGCUCUGUUUUGCAUGCAGCACUGAGGGGAUGCUGUUGUUGUGCAUUCCUCAUGGCUAUUUUGCUGUUAAACCCCUUGGUUUAAAACCGGAUUCAGUGCUAGCCCCAUGUUUCACAUUACUACAGCCACUGGCUGUGCUAAGCCAAGCCAAGGGCAAGGGUUAGCCAUACAAAUACUACUUUGCAACUGUGUCAGUAAUAGGUGCAUUUAAGGCUUUUUAGGUCUGGGAUUCACUAGCCCUUUGACAGCUAUCCAGCUGGGCAGGCUCCUCCAAGCUACUCCCCUGUGAGGUUACCUGAAUGGAUCCAGAGAGCAUCUCCUCUUCCCUGGCGUGGGUCUGAUGUUAGUAACAAGUGGGUGGCAGCAGCAGGAAUCUUAUUGGCUGCUCAGAGGGAGAGAGAUCUGAUUACAAUGUUAAGAGUCCAUUUUGCCUCUGUUGGGCCUUAGCCAGCAGGCCAUGUGUACAGUGAACACCCCUGACUGUAUGUUCCUGUACAUCAUGGGUAACAUAUACCCAUCUGUUCUGAGGCACAAAACUGCUCUAAAUUGCAAAUGCUAUUGCAGUCUUAUUAGUAGGUUCUUACGCCAUGUCCACUGAGCUCUUGCAUCUAACUUCAGUUCUAAUUUAGAAGGUUCCUUCAACAGCAAGCUGUUACGCUUGACAAUUCCCGCAGCCAGAAUUGUGAAGCUGUAGAUGAUAGACAGUACAGACAUUAAAUUGUCUGAGGUGUACAGUCAGCUAAAUGUUAACCUCUGCUGUGUCUUGGCUAGUAUUUAGCUUUCAGGUCAAUAACUAGUCACUGCCACUGAAGUCAAUAUCUACUUAUUACAAAUAUAAAAUGCUGAAUCAUGAGACAGAUAAGUUGUUACCAUAUCUUAGUUACACAGGCUUGUAUGCUUUUUAAAAGGAAACUGUUGAAGCAAAGGUUUGUUAAUGACUGAUUCUACUAGCACUUUUUGGUUCUAACUGUGUAAGAUUGAAGGAGUCUACUGUGUUAGAUUAAGUAUUUGAGUCAAAGAAACACAUUUCAGGUACUUUAUCUUUUAUCGCUAUGUAACACUAUAGACAAGAUUAAUCUCUACCAGGAUGCACAAUAGCAACAAGGUUUUGCAUAUUAAAAUAAAUCAGUAAUUUAUCCAGUAAA